GCGGUGGUGGUGGAAGCUGCGCAUCUCCCCACUGAUGUUCUCAAAGUACUGGUGGAUGCAAACCUUGGCAAAACUCUUGGCAUGCUCCUUACAGUAUUGCACAGGAAAAUGUCAUAGCAGAGCACAUGGGCAGGGUGUGCAGGAAAUAAGUCACGAAAGACAACUUACAGCUACAUCUAAAAUAGGAAGAGAUCACUGAGCCUGUCGCUGUGCAAGACAGUAUUGACGAUGCACGAUACUCUGCUGCGAGUGUUUGUGGUGGCUCUGGGUCUCCUAACGUAUCCAUGGGAUGACCCCGGGGUUGAGGAAUGGGAUGAUAUCACCACAGUGGGCAUGCAAAAGCAUGAAGAGAGGCUGCUGAGAGGAGGAGAAAAACUGGACCACGAAAUGGCACCUGUCAGUGAGGAAAUGACAUAUGCUGACAACAAAGGGCCUGGGGAUCAGAUUCCAAAGGAACAUCAGUCUAGUCAACAUGACACUGAAAAAGAUAAAAUGUCAGUCUUAGCAGAUGUGACUGUCGCUAAACAAGAUUCAGGGGAAGACAGUGCUGACUACCAAUUACCAGAAGGAGGACAUUUUAUAACAAAUUUGGAUCGGCAACAAAACUCUGAAAGUGAACCUGAGACCGCUCUGAAGACCUCACAAAUUGACCAUAAGCAAAAGGGAAAUUUACAGCUGGACAUGAAGAAUAAACAGGGAGAAGACUUCCAGACUGAUGGCUCUUUUAGAGACCCAAGCAGACCACAAGGUCAACAUGAAAAUCCUGAGGAGAAGGAAGUGUUCAGCUCCAAAGAACAAGAAUCACCUCUGUCACAUCUUCACACCAAGACAUCAGAAAAUGAAACUUCAAAGAAGGCCAUCGCUGACUGGGAGAAGGAUUACCUCUGGUACAUAUGGAACCUAUUCUCCAUCAUUUCCAUGAUUCGCUUCUUUAGGAAAUACCUAGGGAGAUAUUCCCAAAAGAAGCAAGAAGAAACCAGGGCCUUCCCAGUGACCUGCACCGCUGCUGAAGUGCCACUACCAGACAGCGAGACUCUGCAGCAAUUUCAUUCUAAAUGUAUUCACACCUCAUCUGGUAACAAGUGGGGGGAGGAUGAGUUUUUGGAGGGGUUUGCAAAUGAUCUAUUGGAUGCCAUGAGGAGUGUCUGUGAUAGAAAUGGCAGUAUGGUGAUUGGGGACUUUCAGAUGGUAGAUGUGUGUGAUAUCAUCGUCCCCUUUACCCCACCUGAGCCGUAUAGUUUUCAGUGUCUGCUCUGGAACAACCAGGCAAGUGACCUGCUGCUAGAUAUGCAAGUCUGUGGUCAAAUAAAACUGGUGGAAAAUAUGAAAGUGCCAAAUGGCUGCCACUGUCAGUCUCCUGAUGCAGAUGAUAUGGUUUGCCUGCUGCAUUGUGAGACUGAGAAAGUAAAGACAAAAAUUACUGAUGUUUGUGAUGGCCUUCUUUGCAUGAAGAACUCCCCAUUCCUGUCAAAAUCACAGGUUACCAGAUGGUUUCAGAGCACGAUCAAACAAGCAUGGGCACUGAUUUCACACAAGUAUGAGUUUGAGCUGAACAUUCGCUACAUUGAUGCGCCAGGUGCUCUGGUAGUGCGAUUCAGAUCAGGGAAGAAGCUUAGCUUCAGUAUGAAUCCUGUGGUUAAAUUCACUGAUUCUCAUUUCUUCAUUACGCCUUGCUCCCCCAAGAACUUGGAUACUUUCUGGCCACUCUCCCUGACCAAUUAUCAGGACAGUUUCCUAGAACACAUCUCUAAACGCCUACCUGAAAAUUCAUGCCACAGACAAACUCUUGAAAUUGCAUAUUUCCUUCACAGGAGACAGACAGCACUGUCAGGAAGUAGUGCUCUCAAUGAUUCUCAUUUCAAAACUGCACUAAUGCAUCUGCUUUUGAUGCGAGACCCAUCCCAGUGGAAACCCAACCAUGUUUCUUGUAGACUACGAGAUUUAAUGACCUUUAUUGAGAGAAGCCUCGAGAAAAAGCUGUUGCACCAUGUUCUUAUUGGGAACCCUCUGACUCGGAACAUUAUUGAACUUCCUGCUGAAUUUACUCAAGCAAGUUCAGUGAAUCUCUUCUAUCCCCUUGUGGUACACAACUGUAUCUACAGAAAUGCUGUAUUGCAUUUCCAGGAAAUGCUUAGAAAUGCACACAUGCUGAUACAUGAUUAUGUUGACAAGUGUUGCAACAGUGCUAAUUGUUCCAUGUAAAAAAAACCCAACAUGUACAAAUUUGAAUUUUUUAUCUCUUGUCAUGACAGUUCAAUAGAGCAAGUAAUUUAAAAUUCAGAAUUUCAGUAAUCAUGCUCCCAGUGGUCUAGGAAGUCUUUAUGCUCUGCCAUGUCAGGGUCCUCCAAAUUGAGUGAGUCAACAUCAAAGGAUUUCAUCUGAGGGUCAGCCUCUGCAUCGCCAUCCUUGCUGCUCAGAACCUUCCAAGGGUGACUGGAGA